UAUUGAGAAGGGACAGAACAGAAAAGAAAAAGAAAAAAAAAAAAAAAAAAAAAAAAAAAAGAAGGGAAAAAAAUAAAUUAGCCGGGCGAAGCGCCAAGCCGGGAGCUCCGAGGGACGUGCCCAGAGUGGGGAAGCGGAGCAAUUCGGGGGGCGAGCCUGCCCGAAAUGUGGGGAGCGCCGGCUGCCCCGCGGGGCCACCCCGCUCCCCCCUGCUUGCUGCCGGUGACCUGGCUUCUGGCGCUGCACGCAGGUCUGCUGGCAGGGGUGAACAUCACCAGCCCCACGCCACUCGUCCGUGGCACGGCGGGCAAAGCGGCGCUGCUGUCAGUGCGCUACGCCAGCGCCAGCGCUGACAAGCCAGUGGUCAAGUGGCAGCUGAAGAGGGACAAACCUGUCACCGUCGUCCAGUCCAUCGGCACCGAGAUCAUUGGCAACCUCCGACCCGACUACCGCGACCGCAUCCGGGUGCUGGAGAACGGCUCGCUGCUCAUCAGCCCCUUGCAGUUGGCUGAUGAAGGCGCUUACGAGGUGGAGGUGUCCAUCACUGACGACACUUUCACUGGCGAGAAGACCAUCAACCUCACCGUGGACAUUCCAAUCUCAAAACCACAAGUGCUGGUGGCCUCCUCAACGGUGCUGGAGCUCAGUGAGUUCUUCACCCUCAACUGCUCACAUGAGAAUGGCACCAAGCCCACCUACACCUGGCUGAAGGACGGGCGGCCGCUGAGCAACGACUCCCGCCUGCUCCUCUCCCCUGACCAGAAGAUCCUCACCAUCACCCGUGUUCUCAUGGCUGACGAUGACGUCUACAGCUGCCUGGUGGAGAACCCCAUCAGCCAUGGCCGCAGUAUCCCCGUGAAGCUCACAGUUUACCGCCGGAGCUCUCUCUAUAUCAUCCUGUCCACAGGCGGCAUCUUCCUCCUUGUCACCCUGGUGACAGUUUGUGCCUGCUGGAAACCCUCCAAAAAGGAGAAGCGACAAGCGGAGACACAACCAACCUCUGACUACGCAGAGCAGGAUGAGGAGCGCCUGAAGCACGAGGCCGAAGGCAUCCCACGGAGCGGCGAGCACGAGCGCAAGAACCCAGUGGCUUUGUACAUCCUUAAAGAUAAGGUGAGAGCCAGUAGCACCAGUAGCACCAGUAGCACAUCAGCAGUGUCCCAGCACUGGGUCUUGCACAUGUCCCACGUUCUUCUGCUCUUGGCUUUUGGCAGGACUCGCCAGAGGCAGAGGAGGAUUCAUUGCCUGAACCCCGCAGCACAGUUGAACCAGGCUACACCAGUUCUCCAGUACCAGCAGCCGGACGCUCGCCAGGACCAGUGGGGCGUUCGACUCGCCGUUACCAUCGCUCGCCAGCCCGCUCGCCCGCCUCGACGCGGACCCACAGGUCACCACCGGGUUCGCCGGCACGUUCCCGCGGCGCCCCACGGCUGCUGCGGACUGCCGGCGUCCACGUUAUCCGGGAGCAGGAGGAGGCCAACGCCGUGGAGAUCAGUGCCUGAGCAGGGGGGACUGUGCGCGCUUUGGUGGCAGCGUGCAAGUGAGCAGGGACACCAGCACGGCCACAUUUCCGCCACCGAGCAAGCGGGGACACCGGCACAGCCCUGCUCCCACCACUGGGCGUCAUUCUGCUCGGCGUAAAGUCACUAAUUUCCUAUUGAUCCCACCCAGAGCCCCCCUCUUCCGUCCCCCAUCUUCCUGGGGCAUCGCUUUAAUGGCUUUCUCGCCGGGACGAGUGUGCAGGGAGCGUGCAGAAAGCACACAUGUGUGUGCAGAGAGAACAUGCAAUCAUUGCACGGAGAGAGUGUGCCAGAGGGUGUGCAUGGAGCAUGCAGAGAGAGCGUUGGAGCGCUGCACAGAGGAAGCAUGCAUGGAGCGUGCAGGAGGGCGCAUGGACUGUGCACACACGGUGCGUGGGGGCAGGCACGUGUGCAGCAAGUGUGCACACAGCGUGCAAAGAGGAUGCACAGAGCAUGCAAGAGAACACGUGGAGCCCGCAGAGAGAGCACACACUGCACAGAGUGUGCACAGAGUGUGCAUGGAGUGUGCAGUGUCCACUGAACCAGCGUGGCCUUUGUGAGCGUGCCAGCACUGGUGUGUGUUCCAAGUGUGCACAGAGUGUGCAGAGAGAGUCCAUGCAGAGAGCACCUGUGCAGAGUGUGCACGGAGCACGUGGAGUGAACAUGCACACAGCAUUUGCACAGGACAUGCAUGCAGCACGUGGUGAGUGUGCAAAGAGCGGGAGCAGGGAGGCUGUGUGCAGUGCUUGCACCAAGCACACGCAGAGCGUGCAUGGUGCGUGUGGAAAGUGUGCACAAAGCGAGCAGCUGAGUGUGCUCAGAGCAUGUGCAAGAAUGAGUCUGCAGUGCUGGCACAGGGCAUGCGUGGAGCCUGCAGUGAGCGUGCAGAGUGUGUGUGCUGCGCUUGCACAGAGUGUGUGUGGUGGAUGUGGAGAGAGCGAGCACAAAGAGCUGAGCAUGACUGGAGCGUGCACGAGGAGCACACACACUGCACGCCCAGCAGCCACAUGUGCACACCUGUGUGAAAGAACACGGUGCCCACCCGCCGUGGCACACCCCCCAUGCAUGGAGCAGGACAUGCACUGGCACAAGCUCGCCCAAGGGUGCAACAUGCAUCAGGUGGUCUAAACAGGGGGCUCCCUCCUGCCCCCCAGCUCCCCAGCUGCAAUGUCCCCUAAACGUGGGCUGGAAGCCCAGGCCCAAGCAUUGCCCCUUUGCCACGGUAGGAUUUUCUGUGAAAAUCCCCCAGUUUUGGGGCACACAACGCUGUCUCUCCCCAAGCCUUCAUGGGAAAUAGGUUUAGGAUGAAAAGCACAGAGUGGCUGGCCAAGCCGGGCCCUGGGGCACCCGGGGUGGGUGCCGGGGCACCCCGGAGUGCUCGGGGUGCACUACUAACCAAUAAACUAAACGUACUACCCGUC